CAACAGUCUACAACAUAGUCAAGGGGCGUGCAAAGUUUAUCUUAAUUUGUUGAACCAAAUAGCAGCCGAACUAGCCUUGAAUAAGCUCUAGCUUAAGCCCAUGAGCAAGAGGCUUUCUCGCCAGGUUUGUUCCGUUGUAUUUGUACAGGAAUUUAGCGUGAUUUGAUUAUCAACUUAAGCUGAUUAAUGAACGCGCGCGCUGACACGAUCCUUUUACGCUGUACACGUUUGAUUUUGUACUUUUUUCAGGAGCUGGGAAACGCAACAAAAACCAGACUGACACCUCUUGCGAUGCUUGCAGCAACUUGCAGCAGAAUCGGCCAACAAACUCCACCGCCUGUUCCCGACGUCACAAUGGCCAAAAGUUUCUACCACUGGAAACAGCCGACUACAUUGCCUCUGCAACGGGGAAGACCAGCUGACAGCGGACUGUAUUCAAAUAUGCCGUCAGCUUUUUUGCCCACAAGCGAGUCCUUAAGUGGACAAAACAGUGAGAGCUUUCUUCCAACCCAGAGUUAUUCGACCGGACAUAACUCCCUCUCCGAUCCAUUAGCUUUAGCCUCAGCGAGCCGAGUACACUCUGCUUCGGUCGAAGCGUCUAUGUAUCCACGAAUGCCACAUCCGUACGACAGCUCGCCGUGGUUUAAGCAGCACGGCAGACGUUUUGGGAAGUCCACGGUAAUCCUUCGUGGUUAGAAGCGAGCGUUUCUGGUGGUACUUUUCAUCCAUCCUUGAGUCAUUUCACUGGACUGCCGCAUGAGUACACCACAGGAAGUUUAUCUAUUCCCGCUGCGGUUUCCGUGGCGAGUCACCCUCACUUUCUUCCCCCUCCGUGCCUUGGCUCAGAUCCCAUGAAGGCUACGCUACCGACGUACAUAGAUGGACCUUCCUAUUUCCCUGGAGCGCCAGGCUUGUUGUCUUCAACGCAAAGCGUGGCAGCGCGAGCAACCCGACGAUAUACGGGUCGAGCAACUUGUGACUGUCCAAACUGCCAAGACAACGAGAGACUAAGCGCGUCCGGGGCCCCUUUUAGGAAAAAAACCCAACACAUUUGUCACAUUCCUGGCUGUGGCAAAGUGUACGGUAAAACUUCGCACUUGAAAGCACAUCUACGAUGGCACACCGGUGAACGUCCAUUUGUAUGUAACUGGUUGUUUUGCGGCAAGCGCUUUACACGCUCUGACGAACUGCAGCGACAUCUACGGACGCACACGGGAGAGAAACGAUUCGCUUGCCCCAUCUGCAACAAGCGGUUCAUGCGAAGUGAUCACCUGGCCAAGCACGUUAAAACGCACAACAAUGACACGGUAAAGAAGGGAGACUCAGAGAAGGAAGACAAAGACGAAGGAAAGAUUAUGAGCGCUAGUGAAAGUGAACGAUCUAGAGACUUGUCUGAAAAUGGCGAGAUUAUCAAGGGUUUGUAGAUUGCCAUUGCAGUGGCAACGGAAGCGACACACUUAAAAGUAAAAUGCUCUCUUAAACUAUGAUUAUCUUCCUACGGCAGGACGUUUUGAGCUCGCACUAAAAACUUUGUGUGGAGACCAAUGAAUAAGGUACUCAAUCACGGUUACGCUGUAUAUAAUGUUUGACGUCGGUGAGACACAGAGAGGUAUAAGAUUUCCAAGUUCGAAAUAUUUUCAGUGAGAGAUACGCAUAUGGUGCCUGUUCGGUUAAAAGACCAUGAGGAUUUCAAGCCCGCACAUUGUAGAGCAUUUCCGAUAACAAGAAAAUCUUAUGAACUUUAAACUAGUGUACAAAAUAAUGAGAGAAAAUGACUCAUUUCGCAGAGAAUUCAAUGAUAUGCUAUAGAGAAUAUGACUAUAUCUCAAGAUUUGUUCAGGUGUAUUUAAGUUUGUAAGUUUGAAGUUAUUUAAUUGAACAAAGAUACAGUUUUAACAAGGAUUCGGAAUAUUGCUAUUGAACUGUACAUAACACUCGAGAAAUUCAUGAGGCAGAGCUAAAUCUUUCCAAACUAAAUUAAAGAGUACUGAUGAACUGAUGCGAGGUUGUCCGUUUGUGAGUUUACGAAGAUAAAAUAUUUUUAAAUUGUUAUCUGAAAAAUUUGCCUUUAUGAAGUGCGAAUUAAGCAACUAUAUCAAUAUAAAGAUAAUACUAAAGUUUUCGGCAAACACCAGGUUCCUGGGGAGCACUACAAUGGUUUUCUCUACGGGAUACUGAGAUGGGUUACCUAUCUAGCACGAAAACUGAUUGGGAUUGUAAUGGCUUCCUGCGGUAAAUAGUUACUUCUACUGUCUACAGAUAAACUAUUUCAGUGACACUGCAUUGUUGUCAAAAUCCCUUCAAUUGCACAAAGGUUUACAAACACUCGAUUAAAUAGCUUGUAUUUUCAAAGUGUUAUCCUUAUCGGAAUACUAGCCUAUUCCGGUGACAACUAAGUAUAUCUAAACUAGAAGUAACGGCUUUAUUACUAGAUGAAGAAGAAGUGCACGGUUAUGUUUAGUGAUGUCUGAUAGAAACUGUGCUGAAAUGAAAUUUUGCACUGAAGCGUCAGCUGCAGCCGAACUUUAUAAAUAUUAUUAUAAUGUACUUGAAAUCAUUUUCUAAAGAUAUAGAUGACCAGCUUUCUUCUGCUAACAAAGCAUACAGUCAUUUCUCUGGCCGUAAUCGCAUUCACUGCAUCGGUUUUGAAUAGAGUACUACAACGGACAAGAGCUAUAUUUCUAGUAUGAAUUUUAAGAAUAAUAUGAUCAUUCAGGUUUCCAGGUCGAUUAAGCAAGCAAUCUCAAACAAAACUGACACAUUCUCUAAAAAUCUUAUGCACUUGAAAACCUUUGCUGUCAUUUUGAGAUGUCUGGAACCAAGAGAGGAUAAAGCUUUUCCUCUCUUGCUGGAACAAAAUCUAAAAAUCUCGAAAACAAGUACUCGUUAAGACUUUAAUUUAGUAACGUUCUUUUCUCUUAUUAUUUCAAAAUCGUGCAGUUAUGAAAAUUGUGUUCUGACAUCAAGCAAUCUUUAGGCAGAAAAGUGUGAACGCAGGAAAAUUGAUUCAAGGGGAAGUGUUUUAUUUGUAAACCUUAUCAACUUAAAUCAAGUGCUUUUUCACACCCAUCUUCAAGUGUUUCAAAUUGGCUCCUUUAAAGCUUAAGCAAGAGCUAGGUGAUGGCCUUUUAUUCUUUUAAGUUGAACAAAAAGCAUUCUUCAAUCUUUAAUCUUCAUUAGAGCGUGGACGGUUCUCUUCCGAGCCGCCGUCGGGGUGUCGAUUCAGAUAAUUGAAGUCAAGCUUUUUGUCCCUGAGCCGGUAAUAGAGGCUACAGCGCGUUCAGUUCUAUAAGCAUGCAACUUGCCCUUGCGCUUCUACUAUCAGCUUUAAUUUGGCGCCAGCCACGGCCGCCCAUCGUGAGUUUCCACCGAGAUAGAAAGGCUUUUUUACGCCUGUAAAAUAGACUUUAAUUCUCCUCUAAACAUGGCAUAAACAACUCCGCGUGGUGUAAAACGAUCAUGUUUCCUAAUUUGCCCAAGGCUAUGGAAAAGUUUCUGAUUGAUACUUGCUGUAUUUAUUAAUGAAAAAAAGUCGCUUUGAGAGUGAAGGAUAAAUACAUAUCUAUAUAAAAUGAAAUUUUUCCCAACCGGAAAACCCUUCGCACACAAAGCAAACCACAAGAAUAAGUGCAGCACCCUUCUCGAAAAAAACUUGAGGGCUUUUUGCCUUUUUACUCGAGAUAAUCACUGUUUUUGUUUGUUCUUGCUUUUGAUGAUAUGGCAAUUUUAAUUCAGCAAGUCCCUAGAGAGGUCUUUCUUUAUGUUCUUCGAACCUCCUUAGACACGGUCGAUAAACAAACCUAAAUUAGAGUUUAUACGCCGUGCCGACAAAGGGCCCCAGUGACCGCCUCCUUUAAAUUGCUGAUCAUCUUUGCACGAUUGUCUCGCGAGAUAUUACGUGUGUGUUGCUUUUUCUCCAUUAUGAACACAAGAAAAUAACUCUUGGCCGAUCUAAUUGUUUUUACAACAGCUUGUCGCAGUUGUAAUAACGACGAACAAUUUGCGCCGUCUGAAGAAGGAGAAGCUAAAGAAAUCAGACCAAUUAGGUGUUUUGCACCAUCUAAAGCUGCAGCAGUCCGUAUUUCAGAGGUAGAAGAUUUAAGUGCGAAGCAGCGGGAUAUAAUUGGGUUUGCAUUUAACGGCUUAUGA